AGCCGGGAGAUCGCCGGCGCUUCCCCUGCGGAGCUCCGCCCUGGAGAGCUUGCCGGCUAUUUGCUUUCACAACACUCCCAGGGCCCCGCCUCCUCAGCCUCCCUUGGCAACCGUCUCCUGGCUGGCUUCUAGGCUCCGCCUCCUCUGCGUUCGACGACGCAGCCUCCGCCCGGCCUCCCAGGAUGCAGCGCGCUGGCGGGAGGUUUGGAGCCGAUAGAUACUGUAUCCGCGUGGGGCGUCCGGUAUGUUGCCGCUGCGUUCAGGUACUUUGCAAGAUGCAGUUUGGAAUAAGAACUUGUUCCAGCAUUGGAGGGCCUAUUCUUGUCAUAAGUAAAAGCCACACCUUUGAUUUACCUACCCUAUCUUCUUUACUGAUGAAGCUGACUGAAACUACUUUGUGAUGGCUGUUGUCCCAGAUCUUUCUGUUAAUUGCCUAACAACAAACCAGUUUGGAAACAUCAACUGGAAUCAAUUUGCAUUUGAAAAUUAGAUCAGCACAAAGACUUGAUAUUGUGGAAUGACUAGCAAACAAGCAAUGUCAUCUAACAAACAAGAAAGGCUCUUGUGUUAUAAUGGGCAAGUCCUUGUUUUCCAGUUGUCUAAAGGAAAUUUUGCAGAUAAAGAGCCUACAAAAACACCCAUAUUACAUGUCAGAAGAAUGGUAUUUGACAGAGAAACAAAAGUAUUUGUUCAGAAGUCCACUGGAUUUUUUACCAUAAAGGAAGAAAACUCUCAUUUAAAAAUCAUGUGUUGCAACUGUGUGUCAGAUUUCAGAACUGGAAUUAACCUCCCUUACAUUGUGAUACAAAACAAUAAAAAGAAUAAUGUUUUUGAAUAUUUUUUACUGAUCCUUCAUAGUACCAAUAAAUUUGAAAUGCGUUUGAGUUUUAAACUAGGCUAUGAGAUGAAGGAUGGCCUAAGGGUCCUUAAUGGCCCUUUAAUUUUAUGGAAGCAUGUCAAAACAUUCUUCUUUAUCACUUCUCAAACUGGCAAAGUUGCUAGUGUGUCAGGUAACUUUUCCUCUAUUCAGUGGGCAGGGGAGAUUGAAAAUUUAGGUAUGGUUUUAUUGGGACUAAAGGAAUGUUGUUUAUCUGAGGAAGAAUGUACUCAAGAGCCUUCAAAAUCAGAUUAUGCAGUUUGGAAUACCAAAUUUUGUGUAUAUUCUCUUGAAAGUCAAGAAGUAUUAAGUGAUACAUACAUUAUUCCUCCUGCUUAUAGCAGUGUGGUGACUUGUGUACAUAUUUGUGCAACUGAGAUCAUCAACAAUCAGUUAAGAAUAUCUCUCAUUGCCCUUACUCGAAGGAAUCAGCUGAUUUCAUUUCAGAAUGGAACUCCUAAAAGUGUGUGCCAGCUUCCAUUUGGAGAUCCUUGUGCAGUUCAACUUAUGGAUUCAGGUGGAGGAAACCUCUUUUUCGUUGUAUCCUUUAUGUCCAAUAAUGCUUGUGCUGUAUGGAAAGAGAACUUUCAGGUUGCUGCUAAGUGGGAAAAACUUAGCUUAGUACUGAUAGAUGACUUUACUGGAAGUGGAACUGAACAAGUACUCCUACUUUUUAAGGACUCCUUGAACUCAGAUUGCCUGACUUCAUUUAAAAUAACGGAUCUUGGAAAAAUAAACUAUUCAAGUGAACCAUCGGAUUGCAAUGAAGAUGACUUAUUUGAAGAUAAACAAGAGAAUCGUUACCUGGUGGUUCCACCUCUAGAAACAGGACUGAAAAUUUGUUUUUCUUCUUUUCGGGAAUUACGGCAGCAUCUCUUUCUUAAGGAAAAAAUUAUUUCAAAAUCUUACAAAGCUUUGAUAAACCUGGUUCAAGGAAAAGAUGAUAAUACAUCAAGUGCAGAGGAGGAAUGUCUUGUUCCUCUUUGUGGUGAAGAAGAAAAUUCCAUCCAUAUCUCAGAUGAAAAGUUAUCAGACAAUUUUCAAGAUUCAGAACAGCUAGUAGAGAAGAUAUGGUAUCGUGUAAUGGAUGAUAGCUUGGUUGUUGGAGUGAAAACUACAUCUUCUUUAAAGCUGUCCCUGAAUGAUGUGACUUUAUCAUUGUUAAUGGAUCAAGCCCAUGACUCCAGAUUUCGGCUUCUUAAGUGUCAAAAUAGAGUAAUUAAGUUGAGUACAAAUCCUUUCCCAGCACCAUACUUGAAGCCAGAUGAAAUAGGAUUGGAAGCAAAAAGGGUCAAGUUGACCCCUGAUAGCAAGAAAGAGGAAAGCUUUGUUUGUGAACACCCAUCUAAGAAAGAGUGUGUACAGAUAAUUACUGCUGUAACAUCUCUUUCACCACUUUUAGCAUUCAGUAAAUUUUGUUGCACUGUACUGCUACACAUUAUGGAGAGAGAAAGUGGUAACUGUCCCAAAGAUCGUUAUGUUGUGUGUGGCAGAGUGUUUUUAAGUCUAGAAGAUCUUUCAACUGGGAAGUACCUACUGACGUUUCCAAAGAAGAAACCUAUAGAGCACAUGGAAGAUCUGUUUGCACUUCUUGCAGCAUUCCACAAAUCUUGUUUUCAAAUCAUGUCACCUGGCUAUGCCCUGAAUUCAAUGAAGGUGUGGCUCUUAGAACAUAUGAAAUGUGAAAUAAUCAAAGAAUUUCCAGAAGUGUACUUUUGUGAAAGGCCGGGAAGUUUCUAUGGGACACUCUUCACCUGGAAACAGAGAACACCAUUUGAAGGGAUUUUAAUAAUCUAUUCCAGGAAUCAAACAGUUAUGUUCCAGUGCCUUCAUAAUCUCAUCAGAAUUCUCCCUAUAAACUGUUUCCUCAAAAAUCUAAAAUCAGGAAGUGAGAAUUUCCUAAUUGAUAAUAUGGCAUUUACUUUGGAGAAGGAACUAGUCACCCUUAGUUCUCUUUCUUCUGCCAUAGCUAAACAUGAAAGCAAUUUUAUGCAGAGGUGUGAAGUGAGCAAAGGAAAGAGUAGUGUCGUCGUGGCUGCUUUAUCCGACAGAAGGGAAAAUAUCCAUCCCUACAGAAAAGAACUUCAGAGAGAAAAGAAGAAAAUGUUGCAAAUGAACCUAAAAGUGAGUGGUGCCCUUUACAGGGAAAUAACUUUAAAAGUAGCUGAGGUUCAGUUGAAAUCAGACUUCGCUGCACAGAAACUGAGUAAUUUAUAAUUAUAAUUUCAAUUUGAUCAUAUUUUAAAAUAUGUUUUCACCACCAUAUAAGAUUUUGGUUCUACUUGCUAUAUGCCUCCUUUGUAAAAAUAAACACCGAGGCUUACUGUAGUAGAAUCUUUAGUUUUGAUGAUGCACAAAAUAAACAGCAGCGGUUCUCAACUAGGGCCAUUUUGUCUCACUCUCCUCUACCCCUAAGGGGCAUUUGGCUAUGUCUGGAGAUAUUUUUUUUUUUGGUUGUCAGAAGUUGUGGGGUCAGGAAGGAGUGAGGCACAGGUGCUGUGGGAGGAGACCAGAGAUGCUGCUAAACAUCCUACUAUGCAAAAGACAGCCCCUUACAACAAAGAAUUAUCUAGCCCAAAAUGUCAGUAAUGCAGAGGUUGAGAAAUCCUGUCUUAGAGUUACUUAAGUGAAGACUGAAGUGGCAUAAUAGUAUUUUGGUCUAAAUCUUUUAAAAACUUCAUUUUUUUUCUUGCUUUCUGCUUAGUAAAACCUAGCAUGUAAAAAUCAACUUCAAAUAGAUAAAUUAAGCAAGGUUGUAAGGAUCCACAAGUUUCUGUAAAUAUCAAUAUUUCUCCUACAAAAAUUUAAAUGGCAGAUUGUCUGGGCGAAACCUUUAAAAUGAAAGUUUUUGAAACCCUUGUCAAUUUGAAUGUUAUUACAAAGCUGCCCUGAAAUCAUGUAAGUCUAUAAGAAUGUAAAAAUUGUAAGGCAUUUUUCAGAAAAGCAUAUCUCUUUCAAAAGGCUGAGUAUACUUUACAGGCCACUGUUUAAAAACCAAAAAAAUGAAAAUGCUUUUAAACUAUCUGAAAUUCCAACUCUAAGCAAAAUUAAAUUAUAAAAUUCUAACUAAAGUAACGUAAAGAAUAUGGUACUCCUUAGGGACUGAGAAAUUUAAAAAUAAAUGAAAAUUCACUUCAGUUAAGAAGUGAUUUAUAAGGGGUCCAAUGAGAUACAUUUCAAAGGGAUAAAUAUUCAAGCUAGUCUUUUCUUUGAAAAAUAAGAAUUCUGGAUUAAUAAGAGAGCUUCAGGAGAAAGAAAAGACGCAAAAGGAUACGGGCCAAAAUAAAUAUUCCUGAUCCUUUUUGCUCUAAAAUCCUUAAGUGAGAUGCAAGUUUCCAUCUCAGUUGAAGGAAAGAAAGAUGAUUAUAGAAUGUAGCAUCUUGUGCUUGUAGCUGUGAAGUGCUAUUUCUGUCAUGCCUUACAAAUGCUUAUACCUAAUGAUCUUGUGAUGCACAUGAUUUUUAGAGAAUAUAGGUUAUUAGUUUCUUGUCUUGGUUUUUAUGAUGGUACAUAUAAUAAGGGACCUACUUUCCUAGUAAUCCAUUGCAAAUUGAGAUAGAACUCUACAGUUGUAUUCCUGUGAAAUGUCAAUGGAAAAUAUUUCAGACUUUCUCCAAAUGGAAAUGGAAUAAAUUCAGGAUUAAUUGUAGAAAUCUGGAAAGAAUAUAUGUCAUGUGCUAUCUGUUGAAACUGCCCAUGACAUGUUCUGAAAGAACAACCAAAUGUAAAAUACAGGAAGUAAAUUGUAAAGUAGAAGUGGUGAAAAAACUAAACAGUCAUGUUAGUAGAGUUGCUUAGAAAAAAAAAAAACAGGAUUUAAUUGUAAUAGUUUAUGUGUAGGGAAGUUAAGAUACUAAAAAUAACAUAUUGCUUAUUUUUUAAUUAUCAAUGCAACCAAAAGAUACAGAUAUGCCAAAUAACUUACUAGUUAAUUUUGUACUCCAGUAUUUUUUUUUUAACUUACUACAAACUAGAAAAGCCAAAGUUGAAGAAAUGACACUCUUGCAACUUUGAUGAUUCAGUUGUCUCUUUGCAUCUACAAGCGUAUUUUAUUGACUACUGCCCUGGUCACAACUCUGAGACUCCUCUCAAAAACACAGUCCUCCCAAAUCCACACUGCCAAGUUGAAAGUGAAUUGUGUUUUGGAAUGUAGCUAAGGAGAUGCAUGAAAACACCUUGAUCCUGUACUCUUGUUGCAAAUUAUUUCAAACACUGUAGACCCUUUAAGAAUUCUAAUAGUACACAAGUGAAUCUCUUAUUGUCCUCAGAGCAUCUCUUUAUACCAUGUAGAAUUGACUACUCAUUUUUUUCUAGUGUUAGAAAGAAAAAGAUGCUAUUAACUUACAUCUCUCCCUGCUCUCCCCAGAAGAAACAAAAACUUCCAACUCUCUUGGCUAGAAACCUGUGUAAAACUUUGCUUUCUUUUUCCUUUUUGCCUAAAACUUGGACAGUAUCAGAAACUGAGAGGAUUCUAUUUUCUUCCUUGUCUUCUAAAUUACAAAGAUGUUACUUUCCACUCUAAGAAUUUGGGAGUGAAACAUCUUUCUUGUGUAACCCAUCUGAAGAAUUUUAGGCUUCUGCUAAAGACAGUGUGGUACAAUGGAAAGAAUGCUGAUACAUAAACAGUAUUCUUAAUUCUUCAAGGGUUUGUUCUGUUUUCCAUUUUUGGACUUUCUGUAUUUGUUGCUGUAUUGCUUUACUGCCUCAACAAAAUAGCCCUGUCCUGUAAGAUCCUACUAUGAUGAAUAUCCUUGCAAUGCUAAUGGUCUGGUCACUUUCUAGGGCCUUAUUUCAAUGAUCCUGCCUUUCCUUUUUAUUCAGAAGGGUGUCAUACUAUUCAGGUCCUGAACUUUAGUAAGGGCGGUAAAUCAGACCCCUACCAUGCUUUGACUAUUCAGAUUUUUUUGCUGUGCUACACCUGUGAGCACCUAUGCUGGACAAAAGUACCUGUGUGCAUAACUGUGGCUCGUGAUAGCCUUAGGUUCAGCUAGAAAGUUUCUUUAGCAUCCUUAACUUUAAUUAUUCAUUUCCCCACAGCAACAGCCACUUAUCACUAAAUGUACAAGCAGUGCUAUGGUCAGUAAAGCAUGCUAUUAGUAAUCAGUCAAAAUAUUUAACACUAGAUAGCAGGUCAGUCAGGAGAGAGACGUGCAGUCUAUUGAUUACCUUUUCCACAUCUGUUUCACUCUUUUUCUUACUGAAACUCUCGUUUUGUCCAGGGAACUUCCUUUCCCAUAGUUCAUGUGAUUGGGGAGGUGAAUCCCAUCCCUAGUUCCAGAGAUUAGUCCUGACUAAUCUAAGCCAGUUAGUGCAAGACCUUUCCCUGGCAGCUGUUAUUGAUCUGGGGUAGACACAAGACCUAAAUGGGUCUAAUCAGACUGAGGGGAAGGGCUUGGUUCUUUCUGAGAAAAAGACUAUGUUGGACUGAAGGUAGGUGGCCCUUAUUUAAAAGUUGAGAGUUACCUUAUAAUCACAAGGCAAUCAAGGCUUAGAAUGAAAUUGACACAGUAGAAUGCAAAUUUUUUUUAUUGUUGUACCCCAGAAUCAAAUCUAAAUCUCACCCUUUUCCUGGACUGUCAAUUACUUAAAAAAAAUUCCUUGGCCAGGAGUAGUAGCUCACACCUGUAAUCCCAGCACUUUGUGGGAGGCCGAGGUGGGUGGAUCACCUGAG